AUGGAUUUGGAAAUUUUAGGGUUACUUGCAUUUGCAGCGUUUUUCGUAUGGGUUGCAUGGGCAAGCGUGCGUAGGCAUUUCCAAGAGCCAGGGCAGCUUCCACCAGGGCCAAGAAGGUGGCCAGUGGUUGGCAAUAUUUUCCAGUUAAGUUGGCGGGAACCACCACAUCUAUCUAUCACUAAAUUGGCACGUCAACAUGGACCGAUCACGACACUGUGGCUCGGCUCAAUGUGCACUGUGGUCAUCUCAUCCGGAGAAGUGGCUUGCGAGAUGUUCAAGAACCAUGAUGUGGUGCUUGCAGGGCGCAAAAUUUACGAGUCCAUGAAAGGGAGUUACGGCAAUGAAGGGUCUAUUAUUACAUCUCAAUAUGGUUCACAUUGGCGCAUGUUGAGGCGUUUAUGCACCAUGGAAUUCUUCGUCAGUAGCCGUCUUGAUGCUAUGAAAGGCGUACGAAGUAAGUGUGUAGACCAAAUGGUGGAAUUCAUACAAGAUGCUAGUGCUUUUGGAAGCAAUGCCAUCGAUAUUGGGAGAUUCUUUUUGUUAUUGACUUUUAAUCUCAUUGGAAAUCUCAUGUUUUCCUAUGAUUUAUUGGAUCCGAAAUCGGAGAGGGGUGCAAACUUUUUAUACCAUGCAGGUAAGGUCAUAGAGUUCGCUGGUACGCCAAAUGUAGCAGACUUCUUUCCAAUUUUAAAAAGGUUUGACCCACAGGGUAUUAGACGUAAAACACAGUUUCAUGUUGAACAUGCGUUUCGAAUUGUGAGAGAGUUCAUCAAGGAAAGGAUGGAAACUACGGAAAAUGGAUAUAAUGAAGGGAAGACGAGAAAAGAUUACUUGGACGUGCUUCUGGAGUUUAAUGGUGAUGGUAUAGGGGAACCGUCUAGGUUUUCUUCCACAACCAUCGAUGUCAUUGUUUUUGAGAUGUUUACGGCAGGGACUGAUACAACCACAGGCACUUUAGAGUGGGCUAUGGCUGAGCUUUUACACAACCCACCAAUACUCAAGAAACUCCAAUCUGAAUUGAGAAGUACUAUAGGCCACGGAAGGAAGCUUGAAGAAAAGGACAUUGAAAGCCUCCCGUACCUUAAUUCAGUCAUCAAGGAAACAUUAAGACUUCACCCACCACUCCCUUUCUUAGUCCCUCACAUGGCGAUGACCUCUUGCAAAAUGUUGGGUUACAAAAUUCCCAAAGAAACACAGAUUCUUGUGAAUGUUUGGGAAAUUGGACGAGACCCCAAUACGUGGGAUGAUCCAUUACAGUUCAAGCCAGAAAGGUUUCUGGAACUAAACAAUAUGGACUAUAAAGGACAACAUUUUGAGUUCAUACCGUUUGGGUCUGGUCGGAGGAUGUGUCCUGCCGUGUCUCUUGCCUCUCGUGUGCUGCCUUUGGCGUUGGGUACGCUGCUACAUUCAUUUGAUUGGAUCCUGGCAGGUGGGCUUAAGCCUGAGGACAUGGACAUGACUGGGCGGAUGGCCAUUACGCUUAGGAAAUCCGUUCCCUUGAACGUUAUUCCGUUACCUUACAAGUGACAUGGACUAUGCCUAUCUUAGGAAAUGUUCAUAAA